CAUGAAUCAGAGUCAUGGGUACGUGGCAUUUGCGAUCUUCCGACGGUCCUUCCCGGCCUGACACUUCCAGUCCUCACUUUCCAAUUCGCCUCCUUCCCUCCAACUAUGGGCAACUCCUCCUCUUCCUCUUCCCACGGCUCCGCUCCCGUUCCUGAGAACUCGGUACUCGACGUGGAGCUCGAGAUCGUCUCGGCCAAAGACAUCGCGGCCGGCGACUACUUCGACAUGAAGGCCGCUUUCAAGGGCAAAGUCUCGUCCAGUGACGCCUACGCUUUGAUCGAAGUGGCCGGCCAGAAGGUGGCCUGGACGCGGCCGAUCUUCGACACGCUCGAGCCUGUGUGGAACGAGAAGUUCUUCUUCAAGAACGUCAAACCCGACACAAUCUGCAAGCUCUACCUCUUGGACGAGGACUUUAACGGGGACGACGCCCUCGGUCAGACGCAGUUCACGGCGGCCAACACUGACGGCGCUGAAACAACCUUCGAUCUGCCUAUUAAACGCAACGACAAGGCGGCCGGCACUAUUGUAGUCAAGGUCAAGUCGCGGGCCACGAAGGCCCACGGCGAUGGCCAGCUGCACCAGUACGGGCCGGUGCACUACUCGACCCACUUGAGUAUCAGCUCCGGCAUCUUGACACAGUCCAUGACGGACGACGAUAAGCUGGAGUCUUCGGCCUUCCACGUGCAUCUGCACAACAUCCCGCAGAUUCUGCGGAAUGAUCACGAGUGGAACAAAAACUACCCGACGAUCCAAAAGAUCUUCUCGCCCGACCAUCCGGAGUCUCCUAUGCUCCGCAAGGCCAUCGCCACGGAGCACGAGGUAGUUUACAGACACGCGAGUACUACAGAGUACGGCCUUCUUAAGGAGCCGUCAGACUUCUUUAAACUGGUAAACUACGGCCAAAGACUGGAGAAGCCGGUGCUCUUCACGUACGCUAUCACGCCCACUGGCUGGUACUUCUCCGAGACUGGAGCAGCCUUCUUCAAGGACAUGUUGUCCAAGCACAUGCUGCACUCUGGCGCUGCGUUCUCGGUUAAGUAUGCAGGUGAAUUUCGCAUCGAGAAGGGCCACUUUGGCAAGUACAAGCUCGUGAUCGACAACAACAGCGGCACGUACGCCCCACCCAAGGCGGAUCUGCCUAAACUCAAAGAGAUCUUUGAAGUCAACUUCCCAGGCAUCUCGGUCGAGGCCAAAGAUCGCGAUGACGAGGAGCUCAAGAAGGCCCGCCAGGAGAUCCUUGAUGCCUGGGCGUAAAGAGUCUCGACCUCAGCUUGACUGCCGAUUGCAGGCGUCAAAUUCUCUUAAAGAUCGGGCCAGUGUACAUACUCCUUGUCAAACACUCUCUGUGUAGUGCUUCAUAACACUUUCAGCGUAGUGCUGUAACCUAAAAAAAAAAAAUAAAAACAAGUACUGUAUUUUCAGUUUUUGUGCUAUGUGAGCCAUUUUUGGAUCUAGUAGCACUAGUACUAUUUUAAUCUCGAUAAAUUUGCGAC